AUGGCAGCAAAGUGUGCUCUUUCCGCACCAUCCUUCUUGGCUCAUCGACCCCUCUGCCGCAAGAGACUUGCUCCGUGCCUGCCAUCGCCAAGACCAAGAGCCCUUGCUCUGAGAGCGAGUGCUGCAAAGCUUCCUCCAGGGGUUGAAGUGCCCAGGGUGCAGCCCAAGCUGAGCGAGCCCUUCUUGGGGUUCACCCAGACUGCCGAGAUCUGGAACUCCAGGGCCUGCAUGAUUGGCCUCAUCGGCACCUUCAUUGUGGAGCUGGUGCUAAACAAGGGGAUUCUUCAGAUGAUUGGGGUGGAGGUGGGCAAGGGUCUAGACCUUCCUCUUUAA